AUGGAGGACCAGCAUGUGAUGCUGCGCGUCUUGCAUGCGGAGGAGGAGGAGGGCGGCUGCAGCACCAGCGCGUCGGCGCCGGCCGCCGACCCAGCGCUGCGCUACGCUUCCGUCUUGGACGGCCACGGAGGGACCCGGUGCGUGACCUUCAUUGCGAGCGCGCUGCCCGCCACGCUCGCGGCAGACCCGUCGAUAAGCGCCGCUGCGCUGUCGGCGUGCGACGCGCCCGCCACGCUCCUCGGCGCCGCCCUCCACCGCGCCUUCGUCGCGACCGACCGCUCCUUCCUGGACGGGAUUCGCGAGACGGGCCGCAACGACGGCGCCACGGCUCUCUGCGUGCUGCUUCGCGAGGCCACCCUGUCCAUCGCAAACGUUGGCGACACGCGCGCCGUGCUCGGGCGGCGGCGCCUCACCGAGGGGCGAGGAGGCUCCUCGAUGCGCGAGCGCGGGCUCGAGGCGGUCCGACUGUCGCUCGACCACAAGCCAAACUUGCCGGAGGAGGCCGCGCGCGUGCGAGCCAACGGAGGCGACGUCAAGCAGGUGCGCGGCGUCUGGCGCGUCGGAGUCUUCGGCGGCAGAGGCAAGGAGCCGAGCCCCUCGAAGGCGAGCCCGCCGCAAGGCUUCGUGCCCAGCGCCGAGUUUGCCGGCGCCAGGCCCGGGCUGGUCUUCAAGCUCGGCGACGGAGGAGUCGGCUACUACCCCGACCCGCCCGCCGCGCGCCCACCGGGCAAGGGCAGUCCGGGCAAGGGCCGGGCGAGCCCGACCAAGACCAAGGGCAGCCCGGGCAAGACCUCCAAGACGAGCCUCGCAAUCUCGCGCGCCUUCGGCAACCUCGAGCUCAAGGAGCAGGCGGCGGCCGGGCCGCUAGUCUGCUCCGAGCCGCACGUCGCCUCCCUCUCCCUCGACCCCGCCACCGACCGCCUCAUCAUCCUCGCGACCGACGGCCUCUGGGACGUGUUGAGCGACGCGGAGGCGGCGCAGGGCUGGUGCGACAACACGUCGGUGCUCGUGCUCUGGAUUGGCUGGUGA